UGGAAAACUUAAUUCUGUCGGGGAACAAUAUUACUAGCCUCCCUAUAUCCAUCGGUAAGCGUGAUCGUUUGUCUAAAUUGUCAAUUAGUUAUUGCCAUCAAUUACAAGAGAUUCCCGAGCUUCCGCCAUUUUUAAAUUUACUGCUCGCGAAUGGAUGCGAAUCUCUACAAACAAAUGGACAUUUAACUUCAAUUGAUCAGUGGGUCCAUCGAGGGUUAACCGUGGUUGACACUGCUUCAAUUGCCAAGAAUUCUCCUUGCAGUAUUUAUCUCCCUAAAGGAGAGAUGCCAAAGUGGUUUCAACCAAUUGAAGAUGGUUCUGUAUCUUUCGUGGCUUCAAAGGACUUAUAUGACAAGUUUCUUGGAUUGAUUUUAUGUGCUGUAUAUGACAAUGAAGGCAGUCCUUGCCUACUUUACUUUAACACAUAUUUUAAUGCCAAAAAACAGGGUACCUAUGGAACAAACACCUACAUAUCGGAUCCAGGUGGCAUCUUGAUAAACUAUUUCGCACCAUCUCACUUAUGGAAAGCAGUCCAUUUUGAUCAAAUUGAUGGGAGUUAUGCACAAUUCAUCAUUACAUUAGAGGCCUCAUCAUUAUUGCGUGAGGGCAUGAUAAAGUGGGGAUUUCGAAUAAUAUGCAAGCAACUAGAGGACGAUUUAAAGGCUAUGAUCCGAGACUACAUGCUAAUUGAUCCAGCUUUUCUCUAUAAGGUCAGUCAUGACUCAGCAGACCCAGAAGCCCAAAGUUCACAUAUACAUGAAGACAAUCCAACCGAAAUAGGUCUAUCAAGAAACUUGCAAGAGAGUUCACAUAUGCUCGAAAACAGACUGAUCGAAUUUGAUCUAGAUUGUCCACCGAGUUCUUACAAGCCUGGUGAUGAUGUGAUAAAUAUGAAAUUACGUGAGGCUUUUCAUCCUGGACACAUGCUUCCUGGAGACCCGCGCAGCCUGGGGAACAAAAAGUUCAAGCUUUUCUUGAAAGAAUGAUAGAA